GUGUAGUUUGAAAACCGCUUUGGACCGUCGCGCAACAUUUUACGGAUAAGUGCGCAACUCGUUUGGGGAAUCGCGCUUUAGUACAGCUGGAUUUCAUUGAUUGCAUGAAUUUUAAGUGAAAUAUUUGGAUUAUUUCAAAGUUACUUGUGUAGUGCUUAUAAAAACAACAAAUAAAUAUUAUUUACAAUUGUGAACUAAUAUUUAUUGGAAAGUUAUACCGAACAAAAGAUUCGAGCAAACGUUUGAAAAUCGAAAAAAAAAAACAACAAAAACGAAAACAAAAUACAUAUUCAAUACAAAAGGAUAACAAACCGCAUAAGUGAUUUUUAUUGGUGAUUUCAUCAUUACAGUGAAAAUUAGUUCUUUUUUGAAAAAUAAAAAAAUUCGAAAGGAGCGGAUGCUGUGUGUCGUGGAAGUCUGCAUCAUAUGCAAUUGAAUUUGGAUAAACUUUGACUGAAUAUAUUUUCCAUAAAACUGUCGUACGAACUCAAGAGACUUGCGAAACCCGCCAAAUUUUAACUCAACUCUCACCAAAUCUCAAACAAACAACCCUCGUUUAGAUAUUUAUAAAAAAUCGGCAGCAUAAGCACCGAUAACACACAGAAAGAUCAACGAAUAGCAGCACAAAGCAUGGGCGAGCUGGAAGAGAAGGAGACAGGACCAUCAGAAACUACAACACAACAAGAGGCAGUUGACGAACCGAAAGAAACCGACAAAAUGCUCGAGAAAAAAGAGGAUGCCGAUGGCGCAGAGCAGCAAACAGAAAAUGUCGGCGCAAAAGAUAAGAACCCAAGUCCAAACACGGAGAAGAAAAAGUCAGCCAACUCAAAACCAACAACGCCAACACCCAGUACUAAAAAGUCGCCAACWCAAUCGGUGGAGAAACUGUCCGCUGGCACUGACGCUGAAGCACAGCCGGUGAAGGCGAAUGGUGGUAGUGGUGAGGAGAUAAUUGACAUACCGGAUGCCGCUAAAACUGAAGAGGGCGAUGAAAAGAAGAUCUCCACUGAAGAUCGUGAGGUCAAACCGAUGAAGAUACCGAUUGGUGGCUUGAAAUUACCCGGUUUCUUUAUGAAAAACAAACCCAAGGCUGAUGGUGACGGCGCUGAUGGCGAACUUUUGGAGCGAGAAAAUAAAGAUGAGGUGCCAACCGAGGCGCCAAACGGCGACGGCAAACCGAAGAAAGAGGAAAAGCCGCGUAGUAAUUUUGGUGAGCGCUUGCGCAACUUUUUCGUGCGYAAACCGGCUGCCGAAAAGCAACAGAACAAACAAACAGCAAAUGGCGAUGCCGAUGCGAAGAGUGAAGCUACCGCUGAGGCAGCAGCUGCUGAUGGUGAGACAAACAACGCAUCGGAUGCGGUGCCACAGAAACGCGGUCUUUUGAAYGCCAUCAAAUUGCCGAUUGCCAAUAUGAUACCGAGAAAGCGGACGGAUGACGAUGUGGAACUGGGUAUGGGCAAAGCAGGACUCGCYUCAAUGGAGACGCUCGAUGACUCGUUGAAAGAUCAAGAUUGUGUUGAUAAAGCGCCCGCUAGGAACAAUGGCACCGAAGAUCCUGUGAAACUGAAGAAAACCCCAAGUGGUGAAAUUAAACAGGAGGGAACGGAAGAGAAAUCUCCCGAGGAGCCUGAAGCACCAAUUUCUUUCGCCGAACGCUUGCUUUCAUACCGCUGUUCUCCCGAUGAUGGUCUGAUCGUGCUCGGUGUUCUGCUUUUCAUCGUUCUCAUUGGUGUGAUCGGCUAUGUUCUCUCUUUGGAGACACUCACCUCACCGCCCGUACGUGAGGGACGUUUCAUGGAYGCCGUUACUGGUUGUGGCAUGGUUGAGGGACUGCAAGAGGAUGGCGCGUUUGCAUUCCGUGGCAUACCGUAUGCCCUACCACCCGUAAAUGAACAACGUUGGCGUCCUGCGCAACCCAUUGGUGGCAUCGAUGAUUGCUGGAAUGGUACCCUGAAAGCGCACAAUGUGAGCAAUUACUGCACACAGCGAUUGGGUAACGGUACCAUUGUGGGCGAUGAGGACUGUCUGUACUUAGACGUAGUCACGCCACAUGUGCGUUACAACAGUCCGGUACCGGUUAUUGUGCUGAUCGGCGCCGAGACUUUGACUGGUCCAUCACCUGGUGUUCUCCGACCAUCGGCACGCUAUUCACGCUCGCAUGACGUUGUGUUUGUGCGUCCSAACUUUCGUUUGGGUGCAUUUGGUUUCCUUGCAUUGGAUGCGCUCACCAAAGAUGCCUAUCCACGYACUUCGGGCAAUUAUGCACUCUCCGACAUCAUUGCCGCGCUAAGGUGGGUUCAACUGAACAUCGCACAUUUCGGWGGUGAUCCCAAAGCCGUGACUUUACUUGGUCAUCGCGCUGGUGGUACGCUUGUUUCCGCACUUGUAACCUCYAACAAGAUCGAAGGUCUGUAUAAGAACGCUUGGGUUUCAUCAUCGUCGGCCAUUUUCCCUGGCAAGCCUUUGGAGGAGUCGGAAAAGCGCAAUGAACAAUUUGCUAAGUCACUGGAUUGCACCGAUAUCAAUUGCUUACGCAGCGCAACGACYGAACAAAUUUGGGCCGCCACACCAGACACCUGGUUGCACUUCCCUGCAGACAUACCAACCAUAGACGAAAAUCCCAGUACGCAUCAUGAAUGGCUUGUGUUGGAUGGCAGCUUCCUGCAACGUCACCCCGCCGACGCCUGGAAAGAAGAACAUACCGGCCAACCGAAACUCGUCAUGGGUACAACAGCGCAUGAAGCACACAGCGAACAGCUGCGUCAACGUCACGCCAACUGGACUGCCGAAGAGGUACGCGCAUUCAUUGCAGCCUCGAAAAUUGGCGCACUCAAUCUAACUGACGAAGCCAUACGACUAUACAACGCGACAAAUUACCGCAACUUAAUCGCCAUGAUUACCGACAUACGCACCAUCUGUCCGCUCUUAACCAAUGCACGUCUGCAACCGUCUGUGCCGUUCUAUGUGGUGCAACAAGGUGAGGGAGAGAAUCAGUUGGCCACCGUCGAUACCGACGUGCUCGCCAUACUUGGCCGCUACGAGCCGCAUACAGCCGAGCAGCGACGAUUCAUGUCGUCCAUGCAACAGCUGUUCUACUACUACAUCUCACACGGCACCGUACCUCAAUAUGACCCAAGUCGACGAGUGCUGAAUAUCGCGCAAGAUCCAUUGCCACAGCAAGAUCACCCGAACUGUAAUUUUUGGAUUAGCCACGAUAUUGUGCCGCGCUAUGCACGUGUCGACUAAGCGGGUCGGUCMAAAKGGCAGAAUGACGAGUAACGAAGUAUAAGCCGAUGUGUUAMGUGAACGAGUAGAGUGUGCGUGGCUGUGGACUUAGAGCGAAAUAUUUGAUACGACAGCAGCAAGAGAAAAUGGGAGCCGUGCAGAGUCCAACGUAGCAGCGCAUCGACGUUUCAUACACAGACUUGCACUCACACACACACAUAUAAACGAAUGCAUUUAUACGAACUGAACACGUUGAAUGACAAGCAGUAGCUCCCAACCAACCCACAAAAACCAUAUAAAGUAUAAA